AUGUCUCCUUCCACUGUCAGCGAUGUGACUAGCGGGGGUGCCUUUAAGCAGAACACCUGGGUUGGCCACUUCGGUGCUGCGGGAUUCGAUCUGCGGAGUGAUACCAUGACUACCCCAACGGCCUCAAUGCUUGCUGCGAUCCAGUCUUGCAGCUUGCUGGAUGAUGUCUUUGCAGAAGACCCCACAACCAUCGCGCUGGAGUCUCAUGUCGCUAAGCUUGCCGGCAAGGACGCCGCUCUGAUGGUUCUCUCGGGAACGAUGGGCAACCAACUGGCCCUCCGGAGCCUCUUAACACAGCCUCCCUACAGUGUCUUGUGCGAUCAUCGCGCUCACAUUAUCAAGUAUGAGGCGGGCGGGGUUGCCUCCUUGAGUGGAGCAAUGGUCAAGCCCGUCGUACCACGGAACGGGGCCUAUCUGACGUUGGAGGAUAUCGAGGCCACUGCCGAUCUCGAUGACGAUGUCCACACUUGCCCUACCAAAGUCAUCAGCUUGGAGAACACCAUUAACGGCGUGAUUACGCCCCUGGCCGAGGUCAAGAGGAUAGCCGAGUUUGCGCGCAAGAACGACAUUAAGCUUCACUGCGACGGCGCCAGACUAUGGGAGGCUGUUGCUGCAGGUGCCGGUAGUUUGUCCGAGUACUGCUCCCUCUUUGACACUGUGAGCUUGUGUUUCUCCAAGGGCCUCGGUGCCCCGAUCGGUAGCAUCGUCGUGGGCAGUGCAGCACACAUCAAGCAUUCUCGAUGGGUACGCAAAUCCAUUGGAGGUGGCCUUCGCCAAUCUGGAGUUGUGGCGGCUCCCGCCAGAGUCGCCGUUGAUGAGACAUUCGGAAGGGGGCCCAGCGGUGAAGGCGGCCUUUUGAAGACAUCACACGCCACUGCGAAGAAGAUUGAGCAACUCUGGACCAGCCUGGGUGGCAAGCUCACUCAUCCUGUGGAGACCAACAUGUGUUGGCUCGACCUGGACGCCGCGGGAUGCAGCACAGAGGCUUUUGUUGCAUUUGGGAAAGAGGCGGGGUUGAAGCUGAUUGGGAACCGACUGGUUGUUCAUUACCAGAUCGCCCAGAACGAAGAUGAGGUUCUCCCAAGACUAGAGCGAGUGUUUCGACAAGCCUUGGAAGGUCAUGGCUCGGGGGCAAAGCAGAGUCACGGGCCAGCAAACAUCUACAAGCCCCGAUGA